GGAAACCUAACGUCAAAACGCCUGCCUCUUUUGGCUGUGUCAUACACACACUAGCAUGCCAUUGAUGAUUCGAGAAGAUGGCAAGCAGUGAGGAUUUUUAUCUCGUGAAAAUUUGCGUAAUUUGUUAGUUUUUCGGUCGAUUUAGGCACCAAAAUUAUAUGCAUCGGUAAGUUCAGGUGACGAUGCGUAAGAAAUGUGAAAAAUUUGUGACAAAUCAUUAGGUAUAGAAGCGUGAAUUGAAUUUAAAAGUUGGAGGAGGGGGCUACCGUGAAAUUAGUCACCCGCAGCAAGAGGAGCAACGAGUGAUCGAAGGAAUUUCUUCUCGUUCGUCGUCACCAAACAGGCAGCAGAAAAUACCACAAAGUGGACAGUGAAAACAGUGGUGUUAUUCGAUCGGCUGUCGAAUUGGAAUCAGUGGAUGUUGUACAAUGGCUUACAUCAAUGUGGCCGAAUGGACCAGCGAUCAGGUUACGGAUUGGCUGAAAGGCCUGGACAAUUCCAUGUAUCACUAUGUACAAUCAUUCACCAAUAAUGAAGUGGGAGGCAAGCAGUUGCUCAACAUACGCCCGUACGAGCUGGAACAGCUAGGAAUGCUUUCGAUUGGACACCAGGAGAUUGUACUAGAAGCCGUCGAGUACCUCAAGAAUUUUAACUACAAUCUGGACAAGGAAAAUCUGCAGUUUUUGGCACUACAUGUUGCCUCAGCGGCAAGAUCGCUAUGCAAACAACUGGAAUAUUCUGACCAAACGAAACUUGAAACACAGAUACUGAAAGAUAUUACUCGCACCAUUGCGACCCUGAAACCGUUGAUAGGGUGGCUAGACAGGGCACCGUUCAGAGGUCAAUUGCGUUUUGAUGAACUACGGAAGCAAAUUAUGAGACUAGGGUUGGAAAUGGCGACAAUGGCAAUGAGAGACAGAUUCUCGGUUAAACCCGUUGAAACGAUUCACAACGUCGCCGACAAGCUGGCCAAAAUAGCGGACUACAUAAUACAGGAUAUAUCCGAUCCGAUGGUUCUGCAGCCUGCCUCACUGGAUUUAGUUACGCUCAAAAAGCGCGAAUCGGAUUUGGGAUUCCUGAUCAUGCCCAGCCUGAAUGGCAUUCACCGAAUUGCCGAGAUAAAAUUCAACUCACCAGCGCACAACUCUGGCAAAGUAGAGGAAGGUGAUGAAAUAGUGCAGAUCAACUACCAAACCGUUGUCGGAUGGGAGUACAAAAAAGUGCUCGUACAGCUGCAGGAGUCGCCACCUGACGUUCUUCUCACGCUGAAAAAACGUCCAAAACAUACAAAAAUUUACGGCCAGAUCUACAUAAAACCGUACCGAUUGCCAAGCAAAAAACGAUCGCUACCCUACCGGUGGGGUGAAAAUUUGCCCAGUCCUCGAGCAGAACUGUUUGCUCUACAAGAUUUCAGUUUGCCACUAGCACGAGUUCCGGAAAAGCAUGUUUCUUCAGAUUCGGAGUCGGAGUGCAGUGACAUUCUAACGCCAACGGAUGUGAAAAAAUCCGAGAAAGAUCUUAGGUUGUACUUGCCAAAACCGAGAGCCGUACUGCAAAGGAGACAUACACUGUCUAAUUUCAAGGACCUGAUCAGUGUGUCGUUCUGGCAUGAACGGCAGACAAAAUUGCAGCCUAAUGAUCCGCAAAGUUUAAGGGACAAAUCAGUUUCGUUCGGGUUUGGAUUGGAAAUGGCUCCUAGGCCGACAACCUGCCUCGGAAUGGCAAAUGCAGGUGGUAAUGGUGUGAUCGUAAACGGACAAGGGAAAUGCAACAGCUUUGGUGGUUUGAAAGGAUCGCUACCGGAUAUUGUUCCUCCGGAAAAAUGUGAAUCACCAAACGACCUGUCCAAAAACGGGCUGACCCCGGAGGGUGAAGAGUACAAACCUGGCGUUUCUAAGGUUGUCCGUUUCGAAUCCAAUAUGAAGUUUGAGGAGUGCCAUAUCGAUACCAAGUACACCUGCAACGUGGAUAAUACGGUGCUGGAAACGUUCGAACCAAUCCCGUACGCGGAUGAGGAAUUGCCCACACAGUCGGUGAAUGAACGAGUGAAGCGAUUUGAAUCGAUUGCCAACAAAAACAGUGCCAACUCGGGUGCUUCUAGUGGUACUGAGGGCGGUAGAGCAGCAAACAUCAAGGAAAACAUUAAUACCAGUGUAAAUGGGAAUGCUAGUGAUAACGUUCUGCCGAGUGCUAGUCGCUCUGUGGUGAAACCUGUUCCGAUGCAAAGACAGAUUUCACGGGAAACGGAUAUUGCUGAGGCGAUCAACACGGUGCUCAUCAACCGAGAGAUGGUCAAACGAGGACGUCUGGAUAAAAGCUACAGUACGCCAGCUUAUGAUGAUGAUAUCCCCCCCGCCAUCGAACCGCGUAAGGACCACUUGUCCAAGGCACCUCCCGUGCCUCCUCCUCGACCGAAGAAAACUCUCGAUACCAUCAUACAUCUGGUACCAGAGAAACCACCACCACCAUCGCCCGCACCAGUACCAGCCUCCACCCCGUCCACUAUCAACAUAUCAGCAGAUCUUGGCUUCGUCAGUCCUCAGCAGGCAUCCCUUUCCAACUCGGAGCACGGCGAGGACAACAAUAAAUCCAAAUUAGCGAAUUUGGUGGAUCUGAAAAAUCGUGAUUCAGCUAGUGGAGAGCAAGCUCCCUUGAUCCUAUCGCCGCCACCAAAACCCGUCGAGCGAAUGAUUUCACCUCCCAGGAGGAUACCCGUGGCAAAGCACUUUUUGGAAGGACAAAUAGAGACUUCGGAAUUGUUCACCCCGAACAAAACGAAAAGUUUAACUUUGAAGAAGAAAAAUUCACUACUAUCAAAGAGAAGAAAGGUUUCACUGAAAACGCUGUGCGUUAGUGAUAUCCAGGGACAUCUAUACCGUCGUACCAAGGAUCACAGUGGAUUGGCGUACUGGGCAAAAUAUUACUUCGUGCUGAUUGAAACCACCAUAUACGGUUUCAAGUCGAAAGAUUCCCAAAAAGCGAACUUCAUGAUAUUCUUAUCGGGAUUUACGAUUUCACUGGCUAAAGAAGUGCACUCAAAACCUUUCGCCUUCAAAGUUUAUCAUCCAAGCAAAACGUUCUACUUUGCUGCCGAGACCCAAGAAGCUCUUGCACAGUGGAUGGAGUUCAUAAAGCAAGCGACGAUGAAGGGGAACGACGCUUCUUCCGGCAGUGGAUCGGCAGAUCACAGUUUAAAAGAAUUGUUCUCCGAGACGGAUAGUUCAGAGGAUGAGUUCAGUUUAAUGGACAGUCAGACUAAGUUUAAUUUGCUCUGUACUCCAUCUCCGCAGCUAUCUUCAUCGUUGGGCAGAAAUUCGGAUCAUCAUUCUGGGCAUUCGGAAGGUGGCAAUAGUACUCCAACGUCUUCCAAACAGGACAAAUACCAUUUAAAUUUCGGAUCGUUGAAAAAGUUUACUAAAACAAACCCUUUUAAUUCAGAGGGUAAUGGUGGAGGUGGUGGAGGUACUGGCGAGAGCAAAUUUUUCGGUUUCUUUAGUUCACAUAAAAACGUAGAAAAGACUAAUUCGAGCGAGAUGCCUGUUCCAACGUCGCAGUUUCGCAGUUACAGGAAAGUUCCAGGAAGCAGUGGUUUACAAAUCGGAACCAGCCAAGUCUACACAGAAAUUAUUCCUCAAGCAACAUCUUUAGCUGGUAUUCCGAAUGAAAGCCCGACAGCCAGUACUUUAUCGCUAGCAUCAAAUGGUACUCAACCCCAUUCUCCAGUGACAAAUUUACUACCUUCGGUUUUACCAAUUGAGGACAUGCCACAACCCAUCAUUGUGGAACCCCCAUCGGAACCAACUACCCCUAAUCCAAGUGAAUCAGAUGAUCUGCUGAAUCGUGCCAAGAAAACUAAACGGAUUUCACCCCACAACUUUAUUCAUGCAUCCAAUCCCAAUCUGGUAGAGUUUGAUUUUCAAACGUCGAAAGCUAUGCUGCAAACUUCGUCAAACUGGGACAACCAUACGCAUGGUUAUAUACAUUCCAUGAUCACGUUGAAAGAUCUGAUGCUGCAGAAACAAGCAGAAGAAGCUCAAGAUAUGUACAACAAGCGGGUUUGUCUCGGCGUGGAGAAGCUGGACGAUCGAAGUCUGAAGAAGAGUCUAUCAAAAACAAGUGACGUCAGACCAGAAAAUAAUCUCAGUAAUGUUCCGGAAUCGGUAAACAAAAUUCAAAAGCGACGGCUACCGAUCACUCCAGAUUAUGCUCAGAGCUUCAAACUGGAUGACGAUGAUAUUUUGUACACCCGAAGUAAGGAGGGACAGAAGCUAAGAGAUUUCGGCUACGAAUUGAUUUCUGGAGACGAUACGUUCAAUUUGAAGAAUGCAUCGUCUUCUUCUGGACCUAGCGGGAAUGGUUCUACCAGUAGCUACGAUGCUAAACGACAGGAAGGGGGAGGCUCAAUCAAAAAGAAAACCCGCAACUGGAUUAGUUCAGAACGACGAAAUGAAGAGUCCUCUUCGUCGGACCGUUCCCUGAGAGAUAGUUUCAAAAAGUCAAAGCACAAGGCUGUCAUUGCCAAGUUAGACAACAUUAAGGCGAGCAGCGAAAAGCUUUUCCAGUUCAAACAUAGCAGUAAUAAUGAGAAAGAAUCGCUGAAAACGAAACAACUGGAAAAAACUACUCCAACGCUGAAUGUGAAUCUCAAACAGGCAGUGCCAUCUGGCGCCCAAGGUAAAAGCAAUCCUAGCACACCUCUGUUCGAUCAGCAGACUAUCUUCACCACCACCGCCGCUAACAGUAGCUUCGUGACGACUCAACAUUUCGCUCCAGUCAGUCUUACUGGAGGCACUAGCGGAUCGAUCCCGACUAGCAUAAACCCAUCCGGUAUCAAAAAAUCCAAUACGUGUAAUAGUUCCUCGGAUUUCAAAGAGAACGCUUCUAAGGUGCAAAACGUGAGAAAAAACUCUGCUCCAGAACGGAGUGCUUCGUACUUCACCAAACUUUCCUUCAGUGGCUCAUCCGGAAAGACGGCCCGGGAGAAGAAACUGCUUGGAUCCCCGGGAUUGCAUCGUGCGAUAUUUGGCAAGAACCAACAUCACCAAGAUUUUCAACCGGGCGUUAUCGACCAUGAAGUGUUUUCGCCUAUCAGCUACACGAAGACCACUUUUCCAGCCGAUAGUGCGCAUCAAUCCAGUUCGUCCCUCACAAGCACUAUCACCGUUGGUAGUUUGCAAUCGACUACCACGUCGGUGUUAACCAGCAACCUUUCGAAUCGGAACUCGCCGGAUUACCCAAACAUGGAAUAUCCUCCGGUGUUUGAACCGGAAACCUAUUCGUUAAGCGAUCCCAGUAUGACGCUACUGAAGCGCCGCCAAAACCAUCACCAAAAAUGACGAACCGGCCAACAGUCCGGACGAAAGCGAUUGGCAACUGUGCGUGAGCAUGAGAGCGGAUAAAAGUAUUUUUGUAUACGUGCUGCAACAGGCCAGUCAAUCAACCAUUCGAUAUGAGCGCAAUGCUAUUUAGCUGAAGAAUACUGUUACGUGAUCAUUAACAGAAACUUGAAAAGAUAUUAUAUUCUUGUAGCAUAUUCGUGUUAUACUAUUCCGAUCAAUCAAAAGGUGCUGUAGGAAGUUGUUUCUAGAGGUUUGUUUGUAUAAAAUUUUAGAGAAUUAGAAUCUAUUGAAUUUUAUUUAUUACGACGCACAAACCACCAUUCUUUUCAAAAAAUAUAGAAUGCGUUAUAAUGGUUGGUUAAGUGCAAAUAUUAUAUUUUGUGAUUCUAGUAAUUAAGCAAACACUACAUGGUUAAUCUAAAAGUAUACUUUAAUAGGAAGUGCAUAUAGGGUGUUAGUUUCCUUGUUCAGAUUAUUGUAAGGGUUUAUAGAAGCGAUUUGGCGCAAACAAAAUGAUAAGAACAAUUAUCUUGAAAACAAUCGUUAUUGAGUUGUUACAAGUUCAACUAUUUUUCAAAAAGUUCAUCUUCAGUUGUAGUUGAAAAACUAGAACAUGAAUUAUUCUUUUUCGUCAGUUAUACUUUAAACUUUGAAAAUAUUCAAAACAAAGAAACUAACAGCAUAUAUAGUCAAUUCUGCACACGGUAAUCGAGGAAAGCAUUUAAUCUACUUAUCGCUAUCGAACACUAGAAUUUGAUAUUUUAGCACACUAUUAUAUACCCGCUUUUUCAACAUUCCUUUCAAAGGCUAGUUAUGUAAACGAUAUUCUGUCUACAGAGAAUUGAUUGCUCUAUUACCAUAUUCUAAAAUAUAUCGGAACGUAAACCACGUACCGACUAUUCUUAUGGUAGAUUGUAGAGUCUCAAGACAAAUAGUGCCUUAUUAGUGAUUGAGUUAUAUAAAUAAACCGGUUAAAUGUUACAGUUUUGUGA